AUGCUGCGCGAUCUGCAGGAACUGAAUCAACGGGCUUGCGUAUUAACAGUCCGGUCCAUUGAUCUACCGACGUGUAACAGACGCCAGUCGCAUACUAAGCGAAGACGUACCUCGGCGACGGAGGCUACUGAAUUACCUGUGUGGAAUAAUAACGAAGACAUCAAUGAAUUCGGAAACUUGCAGCUUCCUGAAUUAAUCUGGCCUGAAAUCGAGCCUAAUUUGGAGUUUAUGGAUACGCAAACUCUUUAUCAAGCACGAAAGGAAGAUAUCACGAUGUUUGAGGAUCCUCAAAAUACUAUACCAUAUAAACCUCCUGAUGACGAUCUAAUCCCACUGGAUUUCGCUAAUCUCACUGAAUUGUCUCAACACAAUCAAAGUACAAGCUAUGGAGAGGAUUUUCCUGUGACUACUUCUACAAGAAAACACUUAUUAUUAGAAACUAGUGAAACUGGUGUGGCUGAAUGUUCUACAGUGAAGCGGUCACGUCAUUUGGAUGAGUCUGAGAGGUUCACAACUCAAGCCAAUCUAGAAACUAUCGAAGAAGUUCAGUUGCCGGUUGCCACAGAGUGUCAGACUAUGCCUGAGGCUGCAGAGUUAGUGAACAUACCACAAGUUUCAGACAAUGUGGAGACUGUUACGGAAGCUAUUGUUGAGAAUGUACCUGCCCAACAAAUCACUGCAAUGCCAGUGGAUUUAGACGAAGGACAGUUGCCUCCUGUAUCAACGAGCACUGCAGUACCAAGUGAUUCCUGCCUAUUGGAGAAUGUGCAGAAGCCUAGUGUUACACUGGAACGAUUUGAAUUAAAUUCAGGUAUGCUUGGAGAAAUGAAUGAAACUCAGAUUAUACCUCAAGGUGAAGAAAGCCCAGCGGUUGAUAAUACUAAUAACAACGUCGUUGAGCAACAGCCAAGUGAACUGCAACAAGCGUUUCCACACUUUCAUUUGAGUCCAUUACCUCCUAAUGAUGAAGUUACACGGAAUAGAAGAAGAGUGAGACGAAAAUUCCCACGAGGAUUGAUCAUUGAUGAGGCUACGACUUUAUCGUCAGCAGAAAUGAAAUACAAUAUGGAACAUGGUGAAGAAACAAUGCGAUCACGUGAUGAGUUACUGGCUGAACCUAGUCGACGCUGUCAAUUCAAGUAUCUUGUAUCACGUGAUGUUAAUCUUCUGUUUUCAAUGCCUGGUCGUCUGGAAAUUAUGCAAAGUUCAGAACUUGCAGCACUUUGGCGUCGACAUCUUCAUUAUUGUGAACAGGCAGUGAAAGCAGGUCGUUUCCACGAAGAAGAUAUGACGAGUAAUAAUAAUAUUGAUGAUUUGUUCCAGUUGAAUCAGCCCGCCAGGUCAUCUAGGCGGAUGGCUAGUAUUGCAGAAGAAAAUGAAUCAUCAGUUGAAAUUCGACGAAUACCUAGAGAUACUUCAUCGAUACACCGAGGCGAGUCACUACUCAGUGGUGGUGCCAGUAAUACUUUAAUUGAUGUGACAAGUAAUCAGCCAACUAGUGUUCGUGAGUCAUUAGUAGACGCAAAUGAUCCUGCACAAAGUACCGCUGCUGUUGCAGCUGAUGUGAUGUCGACUCCACAACAGAUGAUGGUCAAUUCAUUAUCACAUCAUUUUGAAUCGACAACAAUGCUGGGUCCUGUGCUGGAGGAACGUGAAGAGCAAAUACAAAUGAAUGAAAAUGAAUUCAUCCCUCCUGUGCCUGAGUCAACUGAAUUCCCACAGGAACCAGAAAUCCCUGCUCCUGCUCCUGCUCCUCCGCCUCCUCCCCCUGCUCUCUCUUCACCUCCGAAAGCGAGGGAACAUGCUUUUGAUAAAAAAUCACGGAUAUGGGAGUAUCUUCGAGAUCGACUGACAUCACCCGAUUGUGAAUCAGUCAGCAUUGAAGAACUUUGUCCACCAGGUGUGAGUAGCAAAAAGGAGGCAGCAUUUGUGUUUCUAACAUUGUUAGGUAAGUAG